CGGGAAGUAGGAAGUAAAUACGGAGGCGGUGAGGUCCCACUGGAAAGAAUUCUCAAAGUCUUACCCGGAGAGAUAAGAACGAGAGAUCGCCUUCCACGUCUUGGGAUCAGUUUGAGUUGAAGUGUGUUGUUUGUCCAGGUCUGGCACCAUGCUGGAAGGAUACAGCCCCGUGACCCAGGCCCUGCUGGGGACUCUGUUCACCUGGGCUCUGACCGCUGCCGGAGCAGCCCUGGUGUUUGUCUUCUCCAGCCGACAGAAGCGCAUCUUGGAUGGAAGUUUAGGCUUUGCAGCUGGGGUAAUGCUGGCUGCUUCCUAUUGGUCAUUGCUGGCCCCGGCAAUCGACAUGGCGGAGGAUUCUGGGAAGUACGGCUCAUUCGCUUUCUUGCCCGUGGCCGUGGGAUUCACACUCGGGGCGGCCUUUGUCUACUUCGCUGACCUGGCCAUGCCCCUGCUGGGUGUAGGCGCUGACCCCCACAUAGCCCUGGCUCAUCCCCCCGAAUCCAAGCUGGCCAAAGAGAAGGCAGACGAGCCGUCGUUCCAACACUUGGACUCUAACGAGAUGACCAUCAGGAUAGGUAGAGCUGGACCUCUCUCAGAUAAAAUGGAUAAUGGAGAGGUGUACCAGCGGAGGAGAGGUACAGCUCAUUCGGCCAGCUCAGAUGGACAGGAAACGGGAAGUAAACAACACGAAGGGGUUGGGCAGACGGCAGGCAGCUGGCGACGAAUCGUUCUCCUCAUCCUCGCCAUCACCAUCCACAACAUCCCAGAGGGUUUGGCUGUGGGGGUUGCAUUCGGAGCCAUUGGAAAGACUUCAUCGGCUACUUUUGAAAGCGCCAGAAAUCUGGCCAUCGGUAUUGGCAUCCAGAAUUUCCCAGAAGGCCUGGCAGUGAGCCUGCCGCUCCGGGGUUCAGGGAUGUCAACAUGGAGAGCCUUCUGGUACGGCCAGCUGAGUGGCAUGGUGGAGCCCAUUGCCGGGUUGCUCGGCGCCGUCGCUGUCGUCUUGGCAGAACCUCUCUUGCCGUACGCGUUGGCGUUUGCUGCUGGGGCGAUGGUCUACGUAGUGGUCGAUGACAUCAUACCUGAGGCUCAGCUCAGUGGCAACGGGAAGCUGGCGUCCUGGACCUCCAUCCUGGGCUUCGUGGUGAUGAUGUCACUGGACGUCGGGCUGGGCUGAGCUCACCGUGACAGCAGGAACACUCAAUGGCCGCGAUGUCGUCGCUGUGCUGCUGACAUCACUCUUUUAAAAAGGGGACCAAAUGAAGUGAUUUAUUCUGAAACACUGUUUAUCCGUUUCACUACUUGAAAUUCAUCAGCGAUGACAGAAACACCGAGCUAUUUUGUAAAACAAGUUGUGAGGAUGACUGUACUUGAAAAGUUCUCUUUAAUGUGUUUGAUUUUCAUGCAGGAGCUGUCACUUUAUCUUUUCUUUUUCCAAAUGGCAGACAUCUAAUUUAGGAAUGAAUUUAUGGCUGUUUAAUGAUUAUUCUCCUGAUUGCAGCGCUCGUACAUGUUUUGUUGAGAGGAUGUGGCUUUUUGAGUUCUUCUUCCCGUCAUGAACGUUAAAGGAUUAUUAUUUCUGAGGGUACUUCUUCUGGUUUUUGUAUUUCGUCAUGAUGGCAAUACUUGAAGUCUGGUUGGUUUGGUGAUUUAUGGGACCGUCAAUGACUUACCAGAUUUUCCUUUAUUACUUUUUCCAAAUGUUUUUUUUGUGUGUGUGUCUACACAAUUUUGAAGUUUACAGUUUUUGAUUACAGUAAUUUGUUGACUUGUUCAUCCAUCAUAAUUCACAUACUCAUUACAAACUGAAGCGAUACGGUCUCCAUUUCGACCAAAUGCAGUGCCUUCUUCUUCUUCCAAUAGUCUACUGCCAUCCACAGGCCAGUCUGAAGAGCCACAUGUUGUGGUCCGUGUCUAAUUAUUGCAAUGCUGAAGUUAACGCUGAAUAACAUGUGAAGUAUCUACAUAAUUAAACAACCAAGUGAUUCUCAGGGUUCUCCAGCGUGUGGUAUUCAGAGCGGAAUCAUUUUGAUCUUUUUAACCGUCGUCUCUGAUUGAUGCAUGCUCUAGGCCAGUAAUUAUUAAACUUCUAAGGGAACGGUUUAUAUUAUAGUCUACACUCACCGGCCA